AUGUGUCCGGGGAGUGGAACUGAAUCUCUGGAGAGCAUAAAUCGUGAACCUUUAAUUAUAAAGGAAGACGACGAUAACGAUGAAGGAAUGAGAACAAAACCUGAAGGAAAAUUCAUGCAGGCCUUUUUUAAACAUCGUCCGGUGAGAGAAGAAGUUCUGUCACUGGGAAAGAUUGGAGGCCCCAUAGUAAUGACAACAUUGCUUCUGAAUUCAAGAUCUGCACUUUCUAUGCUGUUUUUGGGUCGUCUGGGGAGAACAGAAUUAGCUGGGGGCUCAUUGGCACUUGCGUGUGCAAAUAUCACAGGCAUUUCAGUCAUUAAAGGCCUGACUACUGGAAUGGAUCCAAUUUGUGGGCAAGCCUAUGGAGCCAGGAAAUUUUCAGUUCUCAGUCAAAUCUUCCAAAAAACUGUGUGUCUUCUCUUGCUUGUAUCCAUUUUCAUCUCUCUCUUCUGGCGAAACAUGGAACCCAUUUUUCUACGUUUAGGACAAAAUCCUGAUAUCUCAAGAGUUGCUACUAGUUACAUGCUCUAUUCUGUACCUGAAUUGCUAGCUCAAGCCAUUCUCCACCCAAUGAGGUCAUUUUUAAGAGCCCAAGACCGGACUAGCCCAAUUACAAUAUCAGCCAUUUUUGCUGUCGUCCUUCACCUUCCAAUCAGCUACUUGUUGGCUAAUCAUUUGAAGUUAGGAGUUAAAGGUGUUGCAUUGGCUCUUGCUUUGAAUACAUUUAACAUGAAUUUGGGCUUGCUAAUUUAUAUCUUCAUGUCUGAGGAAGCACUCAAACCGUGGCAUGGGUUUUCUUUUGAUUCAUUCUUUCAUGGGUGGUGUUCAUUGCUAAGUCUUGCAGUGCCCAGUUGCCUUCAAGUGUGCUUGGAGUGGUGGUGGUAUGAAAUAAUGUUGUUUCUUUGCGGACUAUUGGGGAAUCCAGAGAUUAGCGUUUCAGCCAUGGGAAUUCUUAUUCAAACCACAGGGAUUCUCUAUAUCUUCCCGUUUGCAAUCAACAACAGCUUAGCAACAAGAGUUGGCCAUGAAUUGGGCGCUGGGCAGCCUUCUCAGGCUCAAUGGACUGCUAAAAUCGGCAUUUGCUUGGCUUUGGCUUUCGGGCUUGCAGCCUUUAUUGUCAUGACUGCAAUCAAAUCUUUCUGGGGGAAAUUAUUUACAGACGAGCCACAAGUUCUUCACUUGAUCUCGACUACACUUCCCCUUUUAGGGUUAUGCGAAAUCGGCAACUCUCCGCAAACAUCAGCCUGGGGCGUCCUGACAGGACAGGCACGUCCCAAAGAUGGCGCCCGCAUAAACUUAUAUUCAUUUUACUUGCUGGGCUUACCGGUUGCUGUUCUCUCGACGUUCAGAUUCGAAGUUGGGUUCCAUGGUCCUUGGUAUGGGCUGCUGGUUGCGCAGUUUUGUUGUGCGUGUAUGAUGAUCAUCACGUUGAUUCGAACGGACUGGGAACUCCAGGCCAAGAGAGCUGCAGAGCUCACCAGGGCUGCAGAAAAUGAGGAAGAUGACUUAGAGAGUGCUUUAAUUAGCAAUGAAGACUGAGACAAUCUCCGAAGUACUCAACAUUUUGACAAGCUUAUGCAGGGACAAAACUUCCCUUAUAAUAAGAAUCCCACCAUUGAUGUGAUGUUCCUCACAAUUGUUAAAGAAAAUAAAUAUAGAUGUUGAGUUAUCUAACCUGU